UUCAAAAGGUUUUCUCCAACGCCGUGGCUAUGUAGUCCUCAUCUCCAAACAGCUUUCCUGAGUCUUUUUAGGAAUUCUCUUAAUUUUGCCUAUACAAGACAUAUUUUCAAGGCUAAAGAUGGAGGAACACUUGCUUUGGACUGGCUAAUGUGCUCUGAUGUUGAAGGUGUUUCCGAUAAAAGUGAUUCCAUUCUUCAAGAUGAUAGAACCCCAAUUUUAAUAGUGAUUCCUGGCUUAACCCGCGACUCUGCUUCUGCUUAUAUAAAGCAUCUUGCUUUCACAAUGGCAAGGCAGGAUUGGAAUGUUGUCAUGAGCAAUCAUCGGGGACUGGGAGGCAUAUCAAUUACUUCUGAUUGCUUUUAUAAUGCUGGAUGGACAGAGGAUAUUCGGAGUAUCAUCGAUCAUAUCCAUUGUCAAUAUCCUGAAGCUCCUCUAUAUGCUGUUGGAACUAGCAUUGGUGCCAAUAUUCUGGUUAAAUAUCUUGGCGAGCAUGGGGUUAACAUUCCUCUUACUGGCGCUGCUGCUAUUUGCUCUCCAUGGGACCUUUUGAUAUGUGACAGGUUCAUCAACCGCAGGCUUGUGCAGAAAUUAUAUGAUAGAGUGCUAAGUGUGGGUCUAAAGGCAUAUGCACAGUUGCAUCAAUCUGUCUUGACUCGUCUAGUAGAUUGGAAUGGCAUUGAGCUGGGCGAAUGAGAACAUUAUCCUGGCCACCACAAAACAUGGAGGACACCUGGCUUAUUACGAGGGUAUAACUGUAAAUAGCUUGUGGCAAUUUACAGCUUCUCUCUCUUUCUCGU